GGGCGACAUCUAUCGUCAAAAUGGCGAAAAAAAGAGAGUUGUAGGAACUUACAAUGGUUAAAAUGAAACCCUGUUUUUAAUCAUUUAAAGGCAUUGAUGCAAUGAAGUCCUAUUUAAAUUGUGUUAAAAAAUAAUCAUAUUUAGCGUGAUUUUUCCUUUUCUUCUAAAUCCCAAGUCACAACGAAACUGUGACCGAUAGAUCUUGGGACAAAAUCAAAACAAAUAUGGCCGACAUGGACAAUAACAGUGCCCUAGUAUCUGAGGUUACUUCCCAUGUUGGAAUGAAUGGCAGUAGUGAAGAAGUUGCUCAAAUGGACGGUGAUAUUGUUGACCAGGUAGGAGUCGAUGUCACCGAUGAAGAAAUGCUUCAGCAUGCCUUAGCUGAUGCUAGCAGUGCAUUCCCUGGAAUGCCUGCUGUCCAAAUGCAAUAUAAUGAAGAGACUGAGGCUCUGCAUGAUGGAACUUUAAUAAACAGCGGUAUUCAGUUUAUAAAUGAUGCUUCAAAUCAAGAUAAUAUAGUUCAUGUAGAAGAGGGCUAUGUAGGUGACACUUCCGUAAAUUUUAUAAAUGAAACAGAUUUUGUUAAUCAAGCAAGUAAAUCUGAUGUGAUGGAAUAUCCUACUGAAAACAGUGAAGCGUUGGAGGAAGGCACAGCUCCAGCCUUGAAUUCCCAACUUCCAUUAAAUGAAAAUGAUUCACAGCCACAAAUUAUUGUUCAACAACAUUUGCCACAAAGUUCAGCACCCUUAGGGUCAAGUCAAAAUCCAAUUAGAAUAAUCCAGCAAGGCAAUCAAUAUACGCCUGUUCAACAAUUGUCAACAGAUCAAUUGCAGCAAAUAAUGCAAGUUGUUCAACAGCAGCAAAUUGGUAAAAAUAUUGCAACUGGUUCAAGUGUCUUAUUUAAUCCACAGACAAAUACAAGAAUUGUGUAUCGGGUAAUAUAUCCAUCCCAAUUACACAAGGAUGGAACAGGGGAUGGCACAAAACCUUCUGGGCAACAAACUGUCAUGUCAUUUGUUCCUCGAAAAACAUAUAAAAAGAGGAUUAAAGAUGAUGAAGUAGAUAAGAUAGAAGGACCAGAAUUAACUAAAGAAGAAAAAGAACAGAGAAAAAAGAUGCGUCCUAAAACAAGAUCAGGUAGAGUUUCAAAACCACCAAAACACAUGGUGAAAGACUUUAAGCAUAUUCAUGUGCUUGAUUAUGAUGAAGACUAUGAUGAUAGUGAUGGUGGAUAUUCUGAUUUUAAAUAUGAAGGAGAAGAUGAACCAGAUAGGAAAGAUGAUGACGAAAACUUUGUGUCCUAUGCAACAGGUGUUGAAUCAGUUAAACCAAAGAAAUGGAAAUGUAUAACUUGUCAGAGAGCUUAUAUUGGAAGGGCUGGACUGGGGCGACAUCUGAGACUCAAUCCAUCACAUGGCUCUAUAGAUAUGGAUGGAGACGGGGAAAUGGAGCCACCUGAUCCUAACAUAACUCCAGUGUCGAGUGAAGAUCUGACUUUAUCAACUCCUGCCACACCUAAUGGAAUUAACAGCACUGCUAACAGUACUGCCAGCUUCUCAGAAGACAGUAGGGAUUCCUCCGUUAGUCUGACAUACACCCCAACACCAAAACGAGGUAGAGGUAGGGGAAGAUUUGGCAGGGGCUCCUGGAGAGGGAGAGGGGCAUAUAAUAAAAUAGAUCCAGAAACUAAGAGGCUGAACAAACUCAAGGAGAUCACUAGAGAAUGUAGUGAUGAGGAAUUGAUGGAGGUAGUUCUGCCUCGACUAGCCAAGGUGAUUACACUGUGGGAGUUCCUCUUGAUGAAGGUAGAGAAAGGUAAUCCAGCCUGGCCACAUGCUGAUGAUAUAUACAAGGAAUAUGAGAAGCUCCAUGAGCAUGUGAAAAAGUUGUGCAAAGAAUAUUUACAAUAUGUUGUAGAACCAGAAACAGAAAGGCAGCAAAGCCAGUCUUUGUUACAGGUUGACAACAAAGAUAUUGCUCAGGCUCUUGGAUUAAAGGUUGGUCCUCAUAAAGUAAGAGACAUAGCUGACACAGAUAGUGAUAUUCAGUAUAGAUACAAACUCCUUACCACCAAUCAGUCUGUGGAUUUUGACUACACCAACAAAUCUUUCCUUAAGCGUACAGUGGAGGUUGUUUCACCUGAACAAAUUGUGUCACCUGCAAAAAAAAUGAAACACAAGUCUAAUAUAGUGACAAUCUCCAAUGCUAGAAAUCUCAAUUCCAGUACAAAUGUGACUCCAAUCUCAUUGACUACUGCUAACAAUAUGGGGCCAGCAGGAGUUAACAGUGUCCCAUUUAUAUCCAAGAUAAAGGUUAAGUCACCACAAAAAGUGAACGGUAGUUUGAGCCAGUGUUCUUAUUCAGGGAAACCCACUAGUGGUAAAACUGUUUCAUUACUUACAAAUUCAUUCUCAAAUCAUUCUCAAUCUUCCUCAUCACUAUCAUCGUUAUCAUCAUCAUCAUCUUCAGACAGAUCAUCACAGAAAGUUGUCAUUGUCUCAGGAACAAACUCUUCUCCACAGUCUAGUGCUUCAACAUUCUCUACUAACAGUGUACCAGUCAAAACUAUUUUACCUGCCUCAUCUGGAAAUCAGCUUCAGACUGGUGAUCAGCUUAUUACAAUGUCAAAUGGGCAGGUUUUAAAUUCACAGAACAGAAUAAUAUUACAUGACAGUGUUACAGGAACAUACACAGUCUGUUCUGUUCCAAGUGACUUGACCAAUUCAUCUCAGGCAACUAACAGUGUAUCGCAAAGCGUCACAAGUGAACCAGUCAUUCUCAGCAUACCUCAGUCUUCAAACUCACAGUCAAUGCAGCCAAAGCUAGUUCUAAAUAAUAUGAAUAUGCUAAAUUCAGUUCCAAGUGAAACUAGUGAAUUCCAGCAAAUUAUUACUAGUGUAGCAGGAGAGAACAUUGCUAAUAGGCAGAUUUUGAAUAUCAGAUCGGAAGAGGGUUUAAAUGUUAAUACAGUCACAAGUGUUCAAUCUGAAGAAAUGAAUGUGGCAGAUUUAGACCAAAGUCAACAGAAUAUGAUAUUUACACUACCCAAUGGAGACCCAGUCCAGUUUACGGGUAUUGAUGACAGUAAUACGGGAAAUGUUAUUUACACGUUAACUAACGGAGACUCUUCAAAUGAGAAUGUUGUCUUUACUGUGGAUCCUAACUCCAUGUUAGUGACUCAGUUAAAUGAUCAGAGUAACGAGGCAGCUAAUGGUAUAGAAACUAUAGACGGCAAUCAAACCUUGCAAACAAAUGGUGAGAAUGAAGUUGUUGGUGUAAUAAACAGCAUAGAUACGUCAGAACAAGUAAAAACCUCGCCCAAACAUAAAGAGCAACAAAACGCCAACAUUGAUAUAGAUAUGAUCGAGCAUGUAUCUACAAAUAAAACUAGAGAGCAUAAUUUAGAUACAUCACAAGUUAAUGGUAAUGUAUUGAUGGCUUCAUCAUUAAAUGACAACCAAACCUCAGUGGCAGCUAUUGAUAAUAAUGGUGACAAAAAUAAAGUUGAAGCAAAAGUGACUAAUGAAUUUGAUGGUAUUGGUGAUGAAGGUAAUACUGAAACAAUUCAGAUACCAGCAACUAAUAUAUACCAGACAGAAGAUGGGCUAAUCUUUAUACAAAAUCCUGAUGGUACCACGCUACAGUUACAGGGGUCGGAUGGUGAAGCCAUAUCCAUGGAAACUGUUCAAGCUUUGCUUGGAAUGGAGGCUGAAACAUCCCAGUUUACUACUGAAUAAAUGCAUGUACACAAAAAUAUGAAUAAUUUUUAACCUGUUUCAUUUAAAUAUGUACCAGAAAAAUAAUGAAUAUAUCAUUCCAUCAUAAAGGUGUAAAAUCUUGCAAAGCUUGACUUUUAAUUUUAAACAAAAAUUUACCAUGCAUUUUGUUUUGCCUGCAGUUUUAAUAAUUUAAUACCAAGGUAGUUAAUAUUAUAGAGUGUAAACCACAUUCGUUAUUGGACCAUGUUUUUAAAUACAUGUACAUUGUAUUGUGCUAGAAAAGAAGGGGAAAAGUUGCUUAUUUAUUUAAUAUAUGAAUUUAACUUAUGCAAAUAUGAUUUAUUUAUGAACAACAUCCCUAUGAGAUGUUAUACUACAUAGAUAGUUACAUGACUUUAAAAGUUAUUCAGAAUUACAUUCUGUUGUGUCUGUUAGUUUAAAUAGUCAAUUUUGGUUCAAACUUAUUUUUUCAUUCAAACACAAUGUGAAUAAUUUAAGAAAACAGCUAAGUGCUAUAUUGAUAAGUGUUCAAAUUAUUAUAAAAAUUUCAGUAAUUCAUGAAUACUAUUUUUAUUGAAGUAAAUUAUUUUUUGAUCAGCUGUUUAAGGCAUUCCUUACAGCAGACUCGGACUACUGGUCAGGGACCAUCAACUGGACACUUUUUUUGGAACAUUUUUUCAUAAUAAUAGAACUAGAUACCUGAAAUAAUUUGACUCCAUACAGCGAGGUUCUUCUCAAAAUUGAAGAGCUAGUUUGUUUAUUUCCGAUUAUGUCGACACUUGUAUUUGAGAAUAUGCAUUUAUUUUUGAUAAAAAAUUGUCUGAUUUAUCGACAACCACUGAACAUAGAAAACUAGUGUUGCCCGAGUUUGAUGGUCGUCUAGAUUUGGUGGUCUCUAACCAGUAAUUUGUCAAUCUACAUCACACUUUACAAUUAUUACUUUUACUAAGUAAAAGCAAGUUUCUGGUAUUGCUUUCUUAUUUGAAAUUAAUUUAGAUCUUUUUCUUCAUAACCUUGUGGUUCUUUUAAGCUUUAACAUUUAAAGUUGUAAAAGUUUUGAAAUGAAGCUUUGAAUUUUCAUGUGAUUUCAGUCAUCAACAAUGUAUUUAAUUUGACAUCAAGAACAUUUGUUUCUGUAGAAAUGUGACAUACUUGGAAGGACUUCUGUUUAUUUCUUUUGUUUUUUUUAUAUGUAAAGAGAAAAGUACAAUAUAAUGGUAAAAUACAUAUUUGUGUAUGAGUUUAUUUUGCU